AAACAAACAAACAAACAAAAAAGUAGAGCUCCAUUACCAUACAGUGGAAAGCUAUUUAUUGUACCUCUGGGCUUAUUCCUCUAAAAACCGUAGCGUACAAAGUCUUUGUCAAGCCUGAACUCAUGUAUAUAACUGAAAUAAUGUAAAGUUAUAUUUUCAUGUUUUUAUAAUUAACAACAUGAUGGGAAUACAUAGUGUAAGAUUAUUUCAAUUACAGAUACUAUGGAUUGGGUAAUACACAACUCGGUUAAAAAGCAGUAAUCAUAGUUUAAUAUCCAUGUUACAGUACAUCAGUAUAUUGCUAUAUAAAGUAUGUCUGUGUGCAUUUAAGUGAAAAGUAGUCAAGAGUGAUGAAAGCUGUCCAAGGGUUUUUUAUUCAUUUUAUAUGAAAACUGUUAUGGAGCAACCAAAAUGUUUAUGAAUUCAAACUUGUGUAAAUUUCAAAAUGUCCUUUACUGUAGCUUUUUGUUUACAGUACGGUAUCUUAUUUUCUGCUUUGUUAAAUGAGUAACAGUACAAAGCCAGACAUACACUUUCUAAGACAUUAACGUUCCUGUUUUUUCAUGUAUUUGACAGAAAAUGCUUCUGAUUUUAUUUUUCAGUCUGACACGUGAUGGCUUUUCUGGAGUGUUGUAUAAAUUUCAAUCAUACAUAAAAGAAUCUUCUUAAAAAAGGCAAAAGACUUUUUUAUGUCUGUUUAGUAUUAUUGAAAUUUGGUUAAUUAUUUGUUAUAAAUGUAUUUUCUUGAGGUUUUACAUAUAGCGAAGCUAUUUCUCUCCACAUACAUGAGUUUUCUUGAUGAGUUUGCAAAGAGAAGAUACAUCUGCCCCCAAAUCAUCUUGUUGCUCAUGGGUUCAUAUCACUAAAUUGAAAAAUGUACAUUUCUUGCCACUAAAACAAUUUUAGUUGUGGAAUGUAAUCCUCUUGAUCAUACUUACAAUGUCAUUGUGUCAGGAUGAUAUGAUAGUAAGUUAAAUAUUUAUUCAAUAACUCUACUUAAAUAUUGUCAGCUAUUCCUUGGAUAAGUAACUUUUUGCUUCAACUGAUUGUUGUCUAAGCUGAGUCCUGAGAAAUGGCAAGUAUUUUAGCUAUAUAUUAGUAGUAUUGCUGCCAAAAAUCCUGUUAAAUGGGAAAGAAUUGGCUCUUACAACAAAGAAAUAGAAGACUUGUGAUGUGAAAGGCUCAACUGUUGUUUUUUUAAUGUGUUACACAGUUCUAACUGUGUUAUGUCUUGGACUACCAGCCUACUCUUUGGCUGAUAGAUUUGAACAACAGUGUACAGAUAACUGUAUUUUAAAAUAUAAAUUUUAUUUCCUCUGUCUCUUGUUACAGUUAGUUAUUUGAAAAUAGUACUCACCAGCAAAAUAGUCAUCAGCAGCUAUUGUAGGUGAUACCUAUAGUGGAUACUUAGACCUGUUUCAGAACAUGUUUUCAUUAAUUAUUAAAUCAUUUCAUUUCUGUCCUUACAUUGGAUCUUAAAAAUUAAGUGUGCAUUUAACUUUAAGCUUUUUCUUCAGUAUCAGUUUGUUCUUGAUACUUUAUUAUAAGUUUAAAAAAAAAGAGGAUACUACAUGUCCAUAUAUACACUAAUAGAAUUAGAGAAUUGUAUACAACAGUGGCACUUACCUGACAAAUUUUAUUCAGUACUACAGGUUUUCCUGAAAUUUCACUCUUGCUACUCCUAAUUCUCUAAACUUUGGACUGUGUAAAAUUCCAUGGUAAAACUACCCUACAUUUUUUUCUUUCUUUCUGCCUUGAACGUUAUUUUUCCUCUCGCCCUGAAGGCACAGAGUUAUAAAUAUGUCUACAUCUAAUACCUGGGGAUCUACAGGACCUUGAUGACAAUGAUUCUCAGUUCCUGCGGACAUUUAGUUAGUCUGAAGACAUGAGCUACAAAGUAGAAGUAUUUUUAAAAUUUCCCUUAUGUAGUGAAUAUUGCCUUGGUAAUCACUACUUCAGAUUUAAUUGUUUGGUGUUUUAUAACAUACAAUGUAUUGAAUUUUUAUCUUUGAAAAAAACAAACCAAAAAAAAAAAAAACUCUUUAAAGUUGGAUUUUUCUAAGCAAGGGCCAAAAAAAAUAGAACAUAAUGAGAUAAAAUACAAAAAUUCUGAGAAUUCUCCCUCACCUGUGGCUGUUACAUGUCAUGAGAUUUUCCCACAAUCCCUAACCACUUUGUCAGGAUGUUCCAUGAUGUGCUUGCUUUCUUUCCCUCUUGUAUCAACACAUGCAGUUAGUUCUAAUGCAUUCUUUUUGUUACUGGUUUUGUUGUUUUUCUUUUAAACUCAGUAGAUAGGUAAUAGAUAAUAUUGACUAUACUUUUUUCAAUUGAUUCAUUCAAACAUUUUUUUAUAGCUGAUUGCAUAUGUCUUUAGCAAAGAAGCGGUGAUGAUAAAUGUGGGAAAGCUUUCUUGAAUCAUCUAGGUUAAAGCCAUAGUUGAAGGGAUAUCAUCCACUGCACCAUUCCAGUAUCAGUCUCCUUUGUACAUCUCUUACUGGUAAUGAAUAUGAAGAUUUGGCCACCUCUGUAGGCAUUUCAGCACUUUGUUUACUUGAAUGGUAAAAAAAUACUUUGUACCUGAAAGAAAAACAUGUUCCCAGUUAACUCCACAAAGCUGCCCAAUGAAUGGCUUUCUAACAUUUGCCCAAAGUUCCUCCUCACAAUACACUUAUAACUCUGACUCAAAAGGAGAGGAUUAUUGCUGCAUGCUGCCGGCAUUUAAAAAAAAAAAAAAAAAAAAAAAAAAAAAGAACCGUUUCUACUUGGUUUGUCAUUACUUUUAACAUAUACUGACUUUCAAAGACUGUGUUCUGUGUUAGUUAUUCCUACUAGGAUUUCUGUUAGAACUACAAUUGAAGUAUAUAUUUAAAUUAAAAUAGGAAAAUAGGAUUUACAUGCUUUAAAGAUUCCAAACCUAAUCUUGAAAACACACAUAGUUUAUAUAAUAGUAAAGGGCUGCUAAACUUCAGUGCCUAUAACAACCGCUUGAAAUUGUGUUUAGUCAUUCCCCUUCUGGUGGUGGGGGAAAUGCUACAAAGAAAUGGGUUCCAUGUGGACCCUGUGUGCCUUGGACAGUGUGGGACCUCAUGCACAGAUGGGAAGCAGGUUGGCAAAGCUGAGAUAGAAGUCAAGUGGAAGUUUUGUGUCAUUUCUUCUGUCCCUCCUCCAUUCUAAUAGGCAAAGCAGCAUCCAGAUGAUCCAGGAAAGGAUUUAGUCCUGUUAUCAAAAGGUAAAAAAUAUACUCACAGCUAGUUCUUUCUCUUAUUUAAAAACAAAACAAAACAAAACAAAACAAAACAAAAAGAAACAAACACUGUUAAUGAGAUUUUGAGAUGAAAUUCUGUUUUGAUUUACUGUAAACAGUUUUUAAAACUGGAAAAUAAAUCUUGUUUCCAGAGUCUCAUUUACUGUCAGCAAUGCUUACAUGAGAUAGCUUCAUAAAAGGGUCCUUCUUGUACAUCCUCUACAGAAUCAUAAGUAUUUUGUUAAAAAUAUAUUUGGAAGUUUUUACAUGGCAACUUUUUUACCCAGUUUUCAAGUUGUGUUGUUACUGCUUGUCCUUCAGCACUGUGUUCUCUUAGAUGAGAGAAAAUCUCAAACAGUUCUUAAGCUUUCAUUCAAUAGUAUGCUUUACCAAUAAAAUAGAUUUUUUCAGUA